AUGUUCAAAGUGGGACCAAUUGGGUCAAAAAAAUAUAAUUCCGACAAGAGUUGGGACGAGAAGGGACACAGCAAGAUCUCUAAUAUAUAUGUUUCUUUCGACGAUAACCGCAUAAAAUCUAUUCAGUUUAGCUACUUUCAUAAAGGAGCUCAUCUUGUGUCUCAAAAGCACGGGUCCGGAGGAAAAGACUUCAAAAUUGUGAGGCUGGAACACGAUGAGUACGUGACUGGUUUGAGUGGAGUAGAUUGUUCGGGGAUCAAGUACUUGAUAUUUCAUACUAAUAAGAGGAAACACGGAACGCUUUGUGCUACAGGACAUACAAACUUACCUUCCUUUUUUAUACCUUUCAAGAGGGAAAUUGAUGUGGAGAUACGUGACGGUCGUGAGUUUGGUGGUUUCUUUGGGUCUUUCUGCGGUAUUGCAGGCCAUUUGAUAACUAUUGGUAUUUAUGUGAGUCCCAUUACAGACGAUCACCGGCUCAGUGGCUACCAAUCACUGGAUCAUAUAGGGCCAAUCGGAGAUACAGUGUCAAAGACUGACACUCAUUGGGACGAAAAGGGCAAUACAAUGGUCUCUCAUAUAUUCGUUUCUUUAAACUCACCAGAGAUAAUAUCGAUUCAGUUUGGCUACACUGACAAGGGAGCUCUAGUCCUGUCACAAAAGUACGGUGGUCCCUCCGAGGGACAAAACUUCCGAGUUGUGAAACUGAAGCACAGUGAGUAUGUGACUGGGUUGAGUGGAAAAAUCAAUUGGUGUCACGAUUUCAAAGAAGGAAUAAUAAUAAAAGUGCCUGGCGGAAUAAAAUCAUUGAAAUUUUCUACUAACCUGGGGGAACACAUUUGUGAGCCAGUUACAACUGUCUCAAGUAGCACGGAAGAAAUUGAUCUUGGGAUAUGGGAUAGUCGUGAGUUUGGUGGUUUCUUUGGGUCUUGCGACACUACCUGUCUGAAAUCAAUCGGUAUCUAUGUGAGUCCCAUUCCAAGCUCCAACACAGCGGUUAAACGUGAAAAGGUUUAA